CAAAACCCAAUCCACUUUUUGCGUGAGAGACGGAAAUGCCAGGGUGCUCCAACAACAGCAGAGCACUCGCCAAGGAGAAGAAAGAAGAAAAUUCUCAGUUCAUGUUGUUGUGGGGUUUGCAAAGUUUGUUCCUUUGAUUGGUUCUGUUGUUGAAUUGCUGAAGCAAGAUUGAAUUUUGAGCAUUCAUAUGGAUUGUCUGAUUGUCCUUUGAAUCACAGGAUGGUGCCUCUGGCCUAAUGAUGCUGUGAAGUCUGAUUAAUGAUAUUUACUUUCUUUUCAUUGGAGGGAAUCAAAUUAUUUACAACUGCACUGGUGUUGGGCUACUUGGUUUUGAGUGUACAAUUGAAACAUGAAAGUACCAAUGCUGAUGCAUGAAUGCCCCUCACAAGAUGGUUAUGGUGAAAGAUUGUGAGUUAAAGAACGUGAUUCCUUUUUGAAAAUUUUGAAGAACCCUGCCCCAAAAAUAGAAAUGGGGUUACCACAGGUCCCUUCAGGUUGCAUUGCUGAGGAGGUGGCAGCAUCACUAGGCACAUUUGUGCAAACUGCACCUAGGAUUGCCAGCUUAAGCAACUAUGAGUUGAACUUGUUGGAUGGAGAAGACCUAGGUAAUCGCAUGCAAAUUGAUAUGCCUAACACUGAAAGAAAAUUUGUUCUAGAGCUUUCAAAAGAAUCACAUAUUCCAAAUAUGUGUAAAGAUGAUAAAUCCAACAUAAGGAAGUUAAAGAUUAGCCCCAUUGAACAAAUUGGCAGGUUGUCUGUUAAUACUGGGCAAACUAUGCAGACACCUACUUCUAGGACUGUAGGUUUCCAAGUAAGAUCAUUAGAUCCUCCUGUCAAUGGUUUUGGUGGAAAUGGACAUUCGUCAUCUAUGUUUAAUGUCACCAAUGAUGCAACUGAAGUAUCUGAAUCACAAGUCAGAAAGAGAUUAUUGUCACCUUUGAAUGGGAUGUUGCUUGCAGAUCAUUUUAAAGGUGAUCCCUUGGACAUUGGUGAUGAUGGUAUUUAUCAAAGAUGUUCAAAGGGAGGUGAUGAUAGUUAUAAUGAUCUUGCUUUACACGAGUAUAAGAAGGUUCAUAUCGGAAACUACAACAAUAUUCACUCCAUAGACUGGUCUUCAUCUUGUUUUCAGGAAUGUACAAAUUCAUCCUGUAAUGACUCUAGUGUAACCCAAAUUGUAUCUAGUCAUGGCCGUUCACAUUGUAAACAUGAGGAGCCAUGGUCUUAUAAGCAUUUCAAAUCAUCUCCAGCACUUAAUGAUUCUGAAGAGACAACUAAAAUAAGAUCCAUAACAGCAGCACUGUCUAUACCUCAAAAAAAGGUGUCAUCACCUCCUUUCCCUUUGUCUCCUCUUGGUAAAAAAAUUUCUACAAAUGAAAAAUUGAGAGGAUGCAGAGAUAUUGAUAUUAUGUUGGAUGAGGACAAUCUAACUUUUAAUGAUGCGGAACAAUCCCUUGAUAGAACUUGCCAAGGCAUUUUAUCUGCACAGGAUAUGCCAAGUAAAUCAAAGCUCCGUUCUAACACUAUGCAGCAAAAAUGUGACCUAUUUACUCCUGAUAAUAUCAUUGAUAUGAAAGAGUAUUGGACUCAUCCUGCUAGCUUUCCUCCUCAGCAUGCCAAGUUAUGUGGAACUGUGAGUAGACUACCAAUUAGAAGGUCCUUGGUUGGUUCAUUUGAGGAAUCUUUGUUAUCUGGUCGCCUACUAUCUGGGAAAGUUAGUCAGAAAAUUGAAGGCUUUCUUGCUGUGCUGAAUGUAACUGGCGGCAAUUUCUCACCUCAAUCACAAAAAAUUCCAUUUUCAGUAACCAGCGUGGAUGGAGACAAGUACUUACUUUAUUAUUCAUCAAUUAAUCUUUCAGGAAAGUUAUUAUCAAGCAAGUCUAGAAUCGCCAAAUUUCAGAGAAAUCUUAGCAUGGAUGGAUCACGAUCUGAAAAGAGCCGUAUUCGUAUACCUAUAAAAGGACGUAUUCAACUGGUUCUCAGCAAUCCAGAGAGGACACCUAUUCACACCUUCUUAUGUAAUUAUGAUUUGAGUGACAUGCCAGCUGGUACCAAGACAUUAUUGCGGCAAAAGACCACCUUAACCUCGUCUAGAUCGGUGUCUAUGACUGGAAAAGAAAACCAAACAGAUCCUGACAUUAAAGUUGAUGCCAAGUCAUCAUUGAUGUCAAAUACCAUCCAUAGAGAUAAAGAUCUUCUGACCUCAAAAUGUGGCAACUUUGAUAGUUUUGCAUUUACAAAGGCUGAUAAGGAAGAAAACUUAAGUUCAAGCGCAAGCCUUGCUAAUGAAGACAAAUUUCUACAUGGUUCUUCAAAGGCCAAUGCCAAUGCUAUUAAUACUGGCAUUCUGCUUUAUGCUCUUCACCUUCGCUUUGUGUGUCCCUUGCCUAAGAAACGUUCAAGGUCUGUUCAUAAGUGCAAAUCUGACCCUCUCUCUGCAGAAGGGAUAAAUAUUAUGCACAAUGAACAUGAAAGAAGUUUCUACUUGUAUGAUGAUAUGAGGGUAGUGUUUCCUCAACGUCAUUCAGAUUCUGAUGAAGGCAAGUUACAUGUGGAAUAUCAUUUCCCUUCAAAUCCCAAAUACUUCGACAUCAGCUGCUGAAAUGCCACUGUCUCUCUGAAUGGUUUUUAUAUAUAUAGUUGUAAAUAUUGUAUAUAUACAAUUAUUUUCUUUGAAUUUUGGGGGCCAACUUCCUCCAUUUAACUUGUAAUUUGUAAAUUACAUAGUUUCUGUGCAUAUUUGAUUCAUAGGACU